AUGUCGGUAAUAAUUAGGCCUGUGCAAAAGAAAGAUAAGGAAAAAUGGUUCCAAUUAUGGUCAGGUAAAGAAGAUUCAUAUUUGGAAUUUUAUAAAGCUUUAGAUAAGGUUAGUGAUGAAACAAGUGAAUAUACUUGGUCAAGGUUCUUUGAUGAUACCGUUCCUAUCUAUAGUAUAGUAGCUGAAGUUGAAGGUGAGGUCAUUGGUUUCGCUAAUUACUUGACUCAUAAAAAUACUUGGACUGUAGAAGAUGCGUUAUAUUUAAAUGAUUUAUAUGUCUCUAAUAAGAACAGAUUGAAAGGAGUGGGAAGAUUAUUGAUAGAAGAAGUUUAUAAACAAGCAGAUGCUUUAAACUGUAACAAAUGUUAUUGGGCUACUUCAUUUGAUAAUUAUAGAGCACAACUAUUAUAUACCAAAGUAGGUGUUGAUGCUAGUAAGAAGAUUUAUCUUAGACCUCCUAGAUAG